AUGCUCAGAGUCCUUCUUGUCGCCUUAUUGGUGCCGAUUUAUAUUCAGGCGCAGCAAGUUAAUGUCACAAUAUUUACGGAAUCUCAAUGCCCAUACUGCACGAAGCUGCUCCGAGAGCAAAUUUGGCCAUUUUACGUGAAUCGGCCGGGUAUUAUGAAUUUGCAGAUUAUUCCAUUUGGAAAAGGUGAUUGUACAUACGAUAUCAAUCGCAAUUUUCAUUGCACCUGCAUGCACGGACCAACCGAGUGCGAUUUGAAUCGUCUGCAGAAUUGCGCGAUUUCGUACUUCCCCCGCCGUCAUUUGGGUCUUGCCACGUGCAUUCAAGGUCUCACCACGCUCAGAGAAGCGUUCUCGAAAUGCUUGAGCCGAUUGUCGGCGAAUACCCAAAGGAAGUUGAUCGAAUGCGCGACUACACAGACUGGAGAGCUUCUCAACUACUAUUCAAUGGUUAAUACCCAUCGCGCUGGUGUCAGGAUCUGGCCAACAAUGUACGUCAACGGUGUGUUCUUCGAUCGCAGCUAUCCAGUCGAGACCAAACUCUGCGAGCACACCCAAUGGUGCUAA